AUGCAUCUGGCGUAUCAGAAGAUAAGCCUCGAACGAUACGAGCUUGGUACUACUUACAUAUGGAGUGAUCCAGCAGUAACUAAGAUCAUGUUAUAUUUUAUUCUUGAAGCGAUGCCUGUAGGAAGCUGUAUAUUGUCAUCAGAAGGAUGUACGUAUGAUUUACCAGUUAGAAAGCGAGGUCCGCCAGUAGGAUACACUAAUGCCAUUAUGAGUAAAAUACGAAGAAUAGAAGCUAUAUUAUCAAAGACACAGCAUAAUGAUCAAAACAAAAAUAAUUCUAAUGACGACAAUGACGUCUCCAAAGACCCAAUAAAGGAGGUCAUACAACGCAGAUUCUUUAAAGAGCAAGAAGGAAAAAACAGCAAUAAUGGAUUUUCAUUAGACAAAAAUUUGUUCAUUAACCUCACGCGGACGUUCUUGCCUUAUGGAGUCUAUUUACAGGAAAAUGAAAGCAAAGAGCGCUUGAUUAUUCGAAAGCUGGAGUAUGCUGACUUGGACAAAGAAUUUGACUCUAUUGAAGACGCGGUAACAGCAGCUGUCAUCGAAUCUAAAAGUAGCAUUAAAAGUAUAGAAGACUGGGUUCAAAGCAUUGCUGGCAUCGACAAAGAUUUAAGCGACCGUCUGCUCAAAGUCUAUUUUGCUUGUAUCCACCCAGUUGUGCCUGUGCUCAACAAAAAGGCUUUUCUUCAAGAGUAUCGUGGCAUUGGCUCAAGCUUCCCUUUUGCUCCUCUGCUUCUCGCAGUAUAUAUCUCAGCUAUCUCCUACCUUCAAGUGUGUGAAAGAUUUGGCGAUGCCGAGGUUCUAAAUGAUGGUAAACCCUGGAAUUAUCCAAAAGAUAUACUACGACAGCUUUAUGACAGAGUUAUACAGUAUACUAUUAAAAGAUCCGGCAGCAGUAUACAUGUAGCCCAAGCGGCUGUACUUGUGCAAAUUUGCCCUUAUCAAGGAUUAAGAUGGGAAAAACACAGUUUUGUAAACACCGGUUGUCAAGAUUUGGGACUUUAUAGAUCAAGUGAUAUUCUUAAUAUUCCCCAAGAUGAGAAAGAAACUAGACGAAGGGUAUGGUGGUCUGUUUACAUGCUCGAUCGAUGGUACGCGGCAGAGAUUGGUCGUUCAGCGAAUACGCUUGAUGAGGAUUGUAACGAACUAUAUCCAUCAGAAUAUGCCGACUAUGACGAAGUGAUGGACAUUAUGACAGAAAAAGAUCAGCAUUUACCCCGUUUCCCUUCGCUUGACGAAAAAACCGCGCAACAGUACAAAUCAAAGAACAUUCCCUUAUACAGAUCCUUUGUUCAUAUGAUAAAGCUGUCGCGAAUACUAAGCACGGUCUUGCAUAAUCUGUAUACCCCCAGGGCCAGACAGCACUGUAAAGAGCAUGGUAGUGAUGCUAUCAUUAGUCGUAUAGAUAAUGAAUUAUCCAGCUGGAGAGCAUCAUUUCCCCCUCUUUCAGAAAUCGUAUCAGCUAAUCAGAGCAAUUCGUCCAACAAAGCCCACAAUGAUGUAAUAUCGACUUCAGGAAUCAUCUGUCUUGCUUAUUACACACUUUUAAUCCUCUUGCAUCGAACUUUUAUAACAAUUAGUAGAGACAGUAGCGCAAAUGCAAAAAUAUCAGCACAGACUUCUUUAGCAAUUUGCACCAACGCAGCAACAAAAAUUGUAGAGAUCUCUGAGAAAAUGAACUAUAAGGACUUCCUUCUCAUAUCAUGGAGCUAUGUGUUUUAUCCGAUUACUACUGCUACAUUCAUCCAUAUUUUUAAUGCCUGUAAUCCAGAAAAAACAGUUUCACAAUAUGCUAAAUCAAACCUUUUACGAAGCUUGGCUAUAAUUGAUAAAUUAAGCACAGCACUUUCUUCUAAGGAAGAAGAUGAAAUUUCAAUAAGAAAGAACAUUUUGAAAAGCAAACUAUGUUCUGAAGAUCCAGAGUUUGCUCAAAAACUACAGAGUCAAAACAAAGACACGAAUCUACGUAAAAAAGCGACAAAAAAGAAAAGAGUAGACAAAACUUGUAAAAACUCUAGAGGACCAUCACCGAGUAACUCGCUUAGCGAGCUAAAAGAGUCUCCGGACCAAGCUACCUCUAUAGUAACGGAUGGCUUGGAAUGGUUGGAUGGCCUUUAUACCUCUUCACAGCAAAAUAUACAACAAGGCGUCUUUCCUAUGCCAAGCAAUCUGAUAAUGGAUUACUCUACACAACAACAACAACCCUUGGACAUGCAUUCAAUUCGACAGUUUGGUUUCAAUACAACGGACCAAGGCUUAACACUGCAGUCACAUACAAAUUAUCUACUUUAUAAUGAAAGCGCUCAGGAUCCUUUACAAGCUGUGCCUAUUCACAAUAUAGCGCCAAGCUUGCUUUAUGAUAGUAAUCUGCUUUCCUUUAAUGCAUCCAACUUGGCAGACCAAACGAAUAUAAGUAAUGUAAACAUGCUGACAGAUAUUAACUGCUUUCCUGGUGAUACGCGGACUAAUAAUGCUGUACAGCAUGCACCUUUAAUAUAUCAUAAUUCGAUGGAAUUCUUUGGAAACGACCUAAAUAGCUCAUUCUGGGGUGUACCAGAUGAUAUGAAUCUAAGUAGCUUAUAUAACUAUAUAUUUCUAUCAUAA